AUGGUCCAGCUUGAGAGCACCAAGUGCGGUUUUCUCCUUUGUCUUGGAAUCUGCAUACUAAUCUGUUUCACCAUCUACAUGAAAGUCAAAGUAUCCAAUAUCCCUCAAGCUAUUGGCCCUCCAAAUGUCAUGAGCUGCCCACCCCUGCCCGACAACUGUCCAAUUCUUCCAUCGCCAUCUUCUGGGUAUAAAUGGCAGCGAAAGAACUGUAAGGAGAUCAGCAAUAUCAACAAACCCAAAGUGAACUGCACUCGAUUGCGGUCAGAACUUCAAUUCAUUAUGAUGCCACUGAGCAAAGAGGAAAAAGAGUUCCCUUUGGCCUUCAUCAUCACCAUACACAAGGAGCUAGAAACAUUUGUGAGGCUCCUGAGAGCGAUCUAUGCACCUCAGAACGUCUACUGCGUUCAUAUAGACGCUAAAGCGCCAGAAGAAUACAAGAAAACUGUCCAGAACUUGGUAAGGUGCUUCCCAAAUGUCUUCUUGCCAUCUGUCAGCGAAAGGGUGGUCUACGCUGGCUUCUCCCGUCUUAAGGCUGACAUCAACUGCAUGAAGGAACUGGUAAGAUCUCCAACAAAAUGGAGAAGAGUUAUAAACUUGUGUGGCCAGGACUUCCCCAUCCAAACCAACUUGGAGUUGGUCCGGUACAUGCACAGCUCUGAAUGGAAAGACCGGAAUAUGACACCUGGAGUCAAGCAGCCACCAACUAUGCAGCACAGGACUCAGUUUCAGUACGAAGAGGUAAAAGACUCCCAUGUGGCACGAAAGGGCAAGGGUGCAAAGAAGGGACCUCCUCCGCACAACUUGACUAUCUAUUUUGGGACUGCUUAUUACGCCUUGACAAGACAGUUUGUGGAAUAUGCCCUCAGCAGCCCGCUGGCCCAAGACUUGCUGAAGUGGUCUAAAGAUACCUUCAGCCCUGAUGAACAUUACUGGGUAACAUUAAAUCACUUGGAGGAAGCACCUGGCAGUUUCGUCAAAGGCGGGUGGGAAGGCAAUAUUCGUGCAAUCAAAUGGAGGGACCAAGAGGGAACUGCACACCAAGGCUGUGAAGGACGAUAUGUCAGGGACAUCUGCAUCUUCGGGAUUGGGGAUUUACCAUGGGUCGUUAACAAAGACAGCAUGUUUGCGAAUAAAUUCGAGACUGCAAGCUUCCUCGAAGCUUUGGAUUGCAUGGAACUGUGGCACAGGAAUAAACUUCUCCAACAAGCCAAAGUUCCCAUUCAGCCAUCAUGGAAUCUUGCAAAAGUGGUCAAUGUAAACAGCCGGAGGUUGAACGUAAAGACUGUUUUGGACCAAAUAUAG